AUGUCUACCGAGCCCGAAGUUCGUGAGCCUCUGCUCGCUCUGGACGUCAUCGAUGUGGACAUUCUCCCCGUCGUGGCGCGCGUGUCGGCCUCUCCCACUCUCCUCUUUGCGCUCCGCCGCGUCUGCAAGUUGUGGCGCGAUGCAGUCGAUGGAAUUGAUAGGACGAGCAACGUUUGGCAGGAGCUGCUGUCGGCGUUCGGCGUGCAGGGGCGGCUGCCGCCCGAAGCGGAUAAGAAGGCAGCCUUCGUGAUGCUGCUGUGCGAGCCUCGUAAGCUCCUCCGCCGCUGCUCAGUGCAUGUCACCAGCUGGCGCCCGAACAUCUUGCGAGAACUUGGAGAAGCUAUGUUCGAGGACCUUGUCGGGCUGCUGGGCUGGCUGAUGGCUGUGGGCGAGGAGGCUGCCACCAGCUGGCGCCUUCUGGCCAACGACGUCCUCCUGCGGAUACCGCUCUGUGAGCCGGCGCUCGCUUUGUUUGGCGUCUUGAUGACUGAGACACGUUAUCGGCAGGAACAUUGUCGGAUGUACGACGAGUGGCGAACGUGCGCGCCGGCGCUCGCGUGCCGGAUAGCCGACCGUGUGCGGGGCCAGUCCGAGGACGACAAGCGGCACGCUCUCGCGUCCCUCGAAAGCCUCAGUCGCAAGGUGGGGCAGGCCGCGUGCGACCUUCUUCGGACAAGCUGCACUCGCCGCCUGCUGUACUCUGACUAA